UAUAAUGCUGGAGAAACGGGACACCGGCUCCCCAGGAGAAGAGAUGCCCAAUGUAACAGCGGGCACGGCAGCCCCAAGGCCAGUGGUGCACCCGGUGGACGUCCAGCAGGCAGUGAUGCGUUCAGCGACCGUUCCAAAUUCCGGAUAUGAAAGAGAAAUGAUGUGCCGCACGUGGGGCCAGUACAACUACGAAUCGUUUGAUGGUCUUUACUUUUAUUUCCCUGGAAAGUGCACUUACACCCUGGUCAGGCCGUGUGACGACGCCAGCCAUUCCAGCUUUGCCAUUCUGGUCCACAAUGACGCAGAGUGUCGCUCGUCUCCCUAUUUGUGCGCCCGCUCGCUCAGCAUAUUUUUUCCUAUGGAGAGAAGGCUGACGCUGACUGGGAACGACGUGACUUACAACGGACAAAGCCUUCUGCUUCCUCAAGUCAUUCAUGACAUAGAAGUGGAGCAGAUUACUCAUUACGUCCUGGUGACCCAUCAACACAAGUUCACCUUGGCCUGGGAUGGCACCACGUCAUCUGUCUACAUCAAGAUGAACCCUGAAUACGUCGGCAGAACCUGCGGCUUGUGUGGGAACUUCAAUGCCGAGAUAGAAGACGACCUCCAGACGAGCUAUGAUGUGUUCAGCCCUGACAUCGCAGUCUUUGCCAACAGCUGGAGGGAAGUGACGCCACGUGACCGGCCGUGUGCUGCUGUGCCCGCCAACUUCCCUUCUCCAUGUGAGGCCCAGAGCUCUGCCACUCUACAGAAAGUGCACGAGUUGUGUGGCGUCUUGUUAGAAAUCCCAUUUAAAGAGUGCCAUGCCUUUGUGAGUCCCUAUCCAUUUCUGGCCAGCUGCACAAAUGACCUCUGCAGUGCCGGCGUUGAUGGAGACGUGCUGUGCCAGGCGCUGACUGAGUAUGCCAGGGCAUGUGCCCAUGCCGAUUAUCCCCUUUCGGACUGGAGAAAUCAGAUCGACUCAUGCGCGGCCGAGUGUGAAGGUGAAUUCGUGUACAGGGAGUGCAUCACCUGCUGUCCGGCGUCCUGUCAUGGAGCAAAGCUGUGUGCUCAGAGCAAACUGCACUGUUUGGAUGGAUGCUACUGUCCUGAAGAGCUGAUUUAUGAAAACGGGAGCUGUGUGAACAUCUCGGAGUGCCCCUGUCUGUACCACGGCGCUGAGUUUGCCCCUGGGCAAGUCGUGCAGGAGGACUGCAAUAACUGUACCUGCGUGGACGGAGCCUGGAACUGCACCGAUGCCAGCUGCCCAGGAGAAUGCUCGGUCACUGGGGACAUUCAUUUCCAGACCUUCGAUGGCCGGACAUACACGUUCCAAGCUCCUUGUCAAUAUAUCCUCGCCAAGAGUGCCAGCUCUGGGAAAUUUAUGGUCACGCUACAAAACAUGCCAUGUGGCGAGAAUCUCGAUGGCUCCUGUAUCCAGUCGGUGAAUGUCAUGGUUGACGAAGACCCCAGGACACAAAUUACCGUCACGCACACAGGAGAGGUCUUUGCGUCCGGCCAGUACAGAAUCCGACUGCCUUAUUCCGAUGCUGUCUUCCAGGUUCAGGAGCUCUCCUCCAUGUUUCUGCUGCUGAGCACUAAAGACGGCCUCCUCCUACACUACAACUGGAAGGAACUGCGACUGUACCUGCGGGUGGAGCCCACGUGGAAGGACGACACCAUCGGGCUCUGCGGCACGUUUAACGGGAACAUUCAAGAUGACUUCCUCUCUCCGGCUGGAAUGAUCGAGAGCUCCCCUCAGCUUUUUGGAAACUCUUGGAAGGUCUCUUCUGCCUGCGUACCGAAUCACCACCUCCACCAGUUUGACCCGUGUGAUGCACACCAGCAGGCCGCCCUCUACGCUUCAGAAAUGUGCGACGUCCUGAACCGAGAGCCGUUCUCCCUCUGCCAUCGGUACCUGAGCCCCGGUGCCUCCUAUCAGCAGUGUAAAUCCGACACCUGCAAGUGCGGCGAGACCUGCCUGUGUGCCUCUCUGGCUCACUACGCUCGACAGUGCAGGAAGUACGGAGUCGGCGUCGACUUCCGAGGGCGGCUCUCCGAGUGCGCGGCGCGCUGUCCGGAGACCAUGGAGUACGGGGCGUGUGUGUCCUCCUGUCAUCGAAGCUGCCGCUCCCUGUCGGCGCCUGACGUCUGCUCCCAGGAGUGCGCAGAAGGGUGCGUCUGCCCCGAUGGAACCUUCUACAGCAGCGUAUCUCGGCGUUGCGUCACCAGAAGCCAAUGUUCCUGCCAUUAUCUGGGAGCGGAGUACACGCCGGGAGAGAUCGUCGUGACGUCCUCGGGGACACGGGUCUGUAAGGAGGGCCUGAUGAUCCUUGAAAACCCUCGUCCCGACACAACGUGUCCACCCGGCCAGCUUUAUUUCAAGUGUGAUGAUGCGCCAUCGGUUGGCACAGAAAAGACAGGAGUGCCGUGUGAAAGAACUUGCGAGAGCCACCUGCUGAACCUCACCUGCCCCGGGCACACGACCUGCCAAUCGGGAUGCGUCUGUCCACAUGGAUUUCUUAAACAUGGCGACAAGUGCUUUCAGCCCUCAGAAUGCCCCUGUCUGUGGAAGGGAAAGGAGUUCUACCCCGGGGAGCGAGUGUCAUCGGCCUGCCACAGCUGUGUCUGCCAGCACGGAUCGUUUCAAUGCGUCUUCCAUCCCUGCCCGUCAAUGUGUACGGCAUACGGAGAUCGGCACUUCCGGACUUUCGACGGCCUGCUGUUUGACUACAUUGGAGCCUGCAGGGUCUACCUGGUGAAGAGUGGUGACGAGUUGCCACUGAGUGUCGCUGCAGAGAACGUGGAUUGCUAUGACAGCGGUGUCAUCUGCCGCAAGUCCUUAUCCAUCAACAUCGGCAGAUCCUUUGUUGUCUUUGACAGUGGGAGCGGAGAGCCGAGCCCGGCCAGCCUGAUUGACAAGCGACAGCAGCUGUUCAUCUGGCAAGCAGGCUUCUACACCAUCGUCCACGCCCCGAUGGAGGACAUCACCGUGCUGUGGGACCACCACACCACCAUCCACGUCCAGGCCGGGCCUCGCUGGCAGGGGAAGCUGACUGGACUGUGCGGUAACUUUGACCUGAAAACAGCAAACGAGAUGCUCACUCCAGAGAACAUGGAGUCUGCAACGCCACAGGAGUUUGGGAACAGCUGGACGACUGCAGAGUGUGUGAACAGCCCUGACAUCCGAAAUCCAUGCAGCGUGAACCCACUGAGGGAGCCGUUUGCCAAGACGCGCUGCGCCAUCCUGCUGGGGGACGUCUUUGAGGCCUGCCAUUCUCUGGUUGAUGUUACCUGGUUUUACUUGAACUGCCUCAGUGAUACCUGCGGCUGCAGCCGGGGGGGAGACUGCGAGUGCUUCUGUACCAGCGUGGCGGCGUACGCACAUCGGUGCUGUCAGCAUGGGAUCGCAACAGACUGGCGGUCCCCUGAUGUCUGCCCCUAUGACUGUGAAUAUCACAAUAAAGUUCUGGGAAAUGGCCCCUUCUUCCUCAUCACUUACCUGGACAGCGGGACGAUGCUGGCUGCCAACUUGUCUGGUGGGCUUCUAUUCCCAGUGCUGGCUGAUGUGACACUUUCAGGACUGGCCAGGCGCUUUAUGCUGACCCCCGGAUUGUCCCAAUCCAGGCCACACGAUUUGAGCCUGGUGUCUUUGGAAGCUGCCGACCGCCCCAACUAUUUUGUGCAAGUGAGGGCAGCAGGAGGUCUGGCGCUCACCAAAUGGCAGGAGGGCAGUCAGUUUGAGGACGAGAGCACGUUUGUGAUUCACAGGGACACGUGGAUCGAGGGAUACGACAGCUUUGAGUCCUACGCGCAUCCCGGCCUCUUCCUCCAUUACAUGGGCUCAGGAGUCCACCUCAUGAAGUACGAGGACAGCGAUGGCUUCAGGCGGGCGACUCUCUUUAAGCUCUCAGAAGCUGAUUCAGAGUCUCCGCUUCACUCCUCUUGCCAGUGGAGAUACGACUCCUGCUCCAGCGCGUGCUUCAGAUCCUGCAGCGACCCCACAGGAGAAACGUGUCACACGAUACCCAAAGUUGAAGGAUGUGUUCCUCGCUGCCCCCAUGAGAUGGUCCUGGAUGAAGUUACCCGGAGAUGCGUUUACGUCCAAGACUGCAUCAGACCCCCAGUUGCUGCGGAGCCGCUGACUCCCCACAGUACGCCCCCGACACCUGGAUCUGUCACUUCUGCGGUGAAUGCCAGUGAGCCAGCGUCGGUGACCCCCAGUGCCACACUGCCAUCUACAGGUGCAUCUCAAGUCACCACAUCGACGCCUUCUCCAGUCACCUCCGUGUCUCCAGCAGUCACAAAUGCCACCCGGGGUCCGUCUUCACCAGUCACCAGUCAGCCUCCAAGUACAGAAGCACGACAUACGCUUUCUCCGGCAUCGUUCACCAUGUCAUCUUCACGAGUCGAGUCCUGGUCCACCAGCCACCCAGCAGAACCCCCAGAAUCCCCCACGCCUUUGCCCACCACAACUGGUACUCUGCCUCCCAGCAGCCCAGUCCCUGUAGAAAGCACGACUAGCUGGACGGCGUCCUCGGGUACUGAAGCGGUGGUCACGGCGGUCGCCAGUACAAAGCAGACGACACCCUGGAAAUGGAGCAGCAGUUCCACAAGAACGAUGUCACCGUACCCCACGUUCUCCACUGGCAUAACCGUCCUGCCCGAGACGGAGAGCACAACGGGUUCAGCACCCACCACACGUACAACCACCAGCGAACAGACGGCGAUGUUCUCCACAACGGUGACGCUUACUACAGAGGGCACGCCGUCCACUCUUCGUACAGAACGAACAAGUCCUACCAGCUCUCUGCCGACUACAGAUACGUCUGCCAUUGGGAGCACAACGGAAGUGGGAUCUCCAGCUGUCUCUGCAACAGAAAGCACGACCUCGGGUCCGAGCAGGUCUGUCACAACGCCAGCAGCAGUGGGGCUUACUACCGAGACAGUGACAACUACUGAAGUGUCAACGUCCAAGGUGACCACGCACUCAUCUCCCUUACAGCCCACAGAAACAUCCCCAAGCGCCAGUCCUGGGCUUUCACAAACAACAACGCCGACUGCCUCAAUGGCGUCCUCACUGCCAUCUGUGCGAUAUACGGGAACUCCAACGACGGAGGAGAGAACUUCUGAAGGUAUGACUACAACACCAAAGGACGAGGGGACCUCUGCUGGUUUGUCUACAACUCCAAGCACAACAUUGGUGGCAUCAGCUACACCUCGAACAUCUGAGGUACUGUCGACAAGGGUCACUCCAGACAAAACACCGUCACCGUCCCCAGGAAGGUGGGAUACUGAGGGCAGCACAGCUGGGACCACUGCCACCAAAGCCAUCACAACAAUGUCAACUGCCACCACAAGUGAAGCACUGAGAGAACCUCAGGAUGAGACGCCAUUGACCCCGACAACCACAUCUUGGAGAACAUCUGCUUCACCGAGUGCCAGCUUCUCCACGGCUACUUCAUCUACAAACACAACAAUGACGUACUCCGUGCCCUCCAAAGCUACAACAGAAGCCACGACCACCUCGAGCUCCUCAGAAGUCACAUCGCUCAGAGCCGAACAUGAAACUGACUCAGCUGGGGCAUCGAUGGGCACCAUCAGACCGACAGCCAGCACCACCCCACCUCCGUCUCUGCCCACUACUACUACCACCACCACCACACAAGAAGGCAGCUCCUCCACAUCUGAGGUGACAAGUGAGCUCAUGACGCUUAGCCCCCUCACGACACCACCCUCGAUGACCACCAUGUCGUCAACGGGCCUGCCAGCCCCAGGAUCCACCAGCCCUGCGGUGACGAGCACGGCAGCAGCAGAGUCCUUGUCAGCCUCAUCACCGCUGUCCCCAAAGAGCACAGUGCCAGCAGAGGGGACAAGCAGCAGGACAGAGCAGAUGGAGAAGGAAACGACUGUGGCAACUCAGCCCUCCUGGUGGCAUUCGACAUCGUUUGUCACCGUCACACCGACAACACCUUCACCUGAGAUGUGGACCUCCAGCUUCACUGUAGCCACUACGCUGCCAGUUCUGAAGACAAGUUUGUCCACACCAACGAGUCACACAACAUCUACAGGAGCCCCUCGGGAGACCACUCGACAAACGGUCAAUGCCACAGAAGGGACUAUGGCUGCCACCCUUCUGUCCACAUCCGCUAGGAUGACUCAGUCACAUUCAUAUUCUUCAACUGCUGCUUCCACGAUGACGCAAAAUCAAACAGCACAGGCCACCACUUCAGAGGGACCCCACGCUCCACCGAAUGUGACGGAGAUUACCGGAAGCACGUGGUCACCGAGGGCCGACCAACAGACGACACACUUAAGUAGCCCAGCAGCGACCUCAACAUCCACUGAAGCACCGCAGCCAGACAGCACUCCGAGCCAAACGGCUCAACAGACCACCCUGAAGGAGACGACGGGGACCACCAGGACAAUCUCGACUGGAGCACCGAUGUCCUCAAGCGUACCUUCAAAAGAGACAAUGCCAUCAGAGUCCUGGGAGACGCCGCUCUCCAAUGAGACUCUGGCUGAAGUUACUACCAUAGCGGCGACGUCCACUCCUCCCGUGGUCACGACGGAGCUGACGACGCUUCUAGCGUCAAGUACGGCAACGCAAAAGAGCAGAGGGACCACCACACAGCUGGAAACGGACGAAAUGUGGACAUCGCCAACCUUCGUGUUCAGUAGCGAACAGACAAGCAGUGCAGUCACGGCCUCCAGAAUGUGUACGCCUCCGUAUACUGAAAUAAUAGACGAAUGCACAAAGUACGUCUGCAUGAACGGCCAGCUGAUGCUGUUCAACAAAUCUCAGAACUGCCCUUACAAUGCGACUCCGCCGAACUGCGGCCUCCUGGGAUUCGCCGUACUGGUGAACGGUGACAAGUGCUGCCCGCAGUGGGACUGUCCCUGCCGCUGCUCCGUUUUCCCCGAUCUGAACGUGAUCACCUUUGAUGGGAACAGCGUGGCCGUGUACAAGGCAGCGUCCUACAUCAUCACACAGCUGCCAAAUGAAACGGUCAGCAUUCACGUCCAGGAGUGCCAAAGCUCAGAUGUGCUGUUUUGGAACUUCACCAACCUUUGCCUGGCAGCCCUGAACAUCACUCAUCGGCCACACCAAGUCCUGAUCGACCGUCUUCAGAGGAGGAUAUUUGUGAACUCCAGGUAUGCGCGGCCGCGCUUUAAGAAGUACGGAUUCGAGAUCCUGGACACUGGAAACAUGUACCUCAUUCGAACGCCAGCCGGCCUGAAGAUCCAGUGGUUUCACAGCACAGGAAUGAUGAUCAUCGAGACGGACAGCGCCAGCAGCAAGCCCACUACCAUGGGGUUAUGUGGCUGUUGUGACGGAGACCCCAAAAAUGACCUCACAUUGUCCAACGGAACGACGGUCAGAGAAAACGAGGACCCGGCAGUCUUUAUUGACAGCUGGCAAGUGCCAAACACAACCAGCUUCAUGGGUCAGAACCGGCGAAGAGAAGUCAACUGCUCCACCAGCGACUGCUCCGAAUGCCUGAGCAUGUUGAGCAACCAGACCUUCAGUGGCUGCCACGCGUUUGUCCCACCCAAGAUGUUCUGCGAAGUUUGGGUCCGUGAUGCCGAAUACGUGAAGAAUCCCUGCAUUGCGCUGGCCGCGUACGUGGCAGCGUGCCACAAGUUCAGCGUGUGUAUCGAAUGGCGGAGCCCCGACUACUGCUCAUUCGUUUGCCCUCCCGAGCUACGGUACCAGGCCUGUCUACCAGCAUGCAAUGCCAAGACCUGCCCAACCCACGAGUUCGAUUCAGAGCCUGAAGACUGUUCUGGGCUGACCGAGGGCUGCGUAUGUCCAGAGGGGACUCUCCUGCACCGGCCAUACUCGGCGCUCUGUAUACCCUUUGAGAAAUGCGCAUGCACAGACAGUUCUGGGACGCCUCGUGCCGCCGGCGAAAUCUGGAAGGCAUCCAAAGAUGGCUGCUGCAUGUACAAAUGUGACAAUGACACCAUCGUCCCAGUGGAGCACAACUGCACAGACGCUCCAGAGCCAGUGUGCAGAAAGACAGGAGAAGUCGUGGUCAGUCUGUCUGACACCAACAGCUGCUGUCCUCAAAAGUCCUGUGUUUGCAAUCACACUUUGUGUGAGGGAUUUGCUUUGGAGUGUAAGUUUGGAGAGAAGCUCGUUUCCUACUACAGAGAGGACUCGUGUUGUCCAGAUGUCGUGUGCGAGUGCGAUCCUGACCGGUGUGAAUCGGAGAUCCCAGUAUGCCGAGAAGACCAGGUCCUUAUUGCCACCCGUGCUGAUGGCACCUGCUGUAUGGCCUACAUCUGCACGUGCAGGCCCUGCCCAGAUGGCGCUCCAAGCUGCCAGGAUGGGGAAGUGCUGACGGUGGAUGUCAACACCACUGAACGCUGCUGUCCCACUUACCACUGCGUGUGUGAGACGUAUCGCUGUGAAGAGCACAGGUGCCCUCGUGGGAUGGCGGUGGUGACGGUGUGGAGUCCAGGCCAAUGCUGCCCACUGCGCACGUGUGAAUGUGCCUGUGACGCUGUCCCCAAACCUCAGUGUGACCUGGGGGAGACUCUGCAGAUCGACUUGGACUUCCUGGCGGACCCCGAGAAUCGGUGUGGCUGCACGAGCUACACGUGUGUUAAAGAGCCAGUGUGUGUGGAUGGGCAGCGGGGUGCCAUGCGGCCCGGGCAGACGCUGGUGGAGCACACGGCUGAUGGUGUCUGCUUCAUAACCGAGUGCACCAGCAACGUAGACCCCAUCACCGGCUUCCACAAGGUCCAAGUGAGCCACACCAACUGUUCUGGCCAGUGUCAGCCGAAUCAGGUGUAUGAAGCCCCACGUCACCCCGGCCUCUGCUGUGGCGUCUGCAGGAACGUCUCUUGUAUUUCCCACACGGACAAUGGGACUGCUGCUCUUGUCAAGCCUGGUGCAUCGUGGGUAAGCAGCUGCAUCAAGUACGAUUGUGUGGAUACGCAGUCUGGACCGACCCUCAUCAGCUACCCGGUCAGCUGUCCCCCCUUCAACGAGAGCGAGUGCACCAAGAUUGGCGGGACCCUCGUCAACUACAUGGAUGGCUGUUGCAAAACCUGUAAAGAAGAUGGGAAGUCAUGCCAGAAGGUCACAGUCCGGAUGACAAUCCGAAAAAACGACUGCCGGAGCAACCGACCUGUGAACAUCGUGUCGUGUGACGGCAAGUGCCCGUCUGCCAGCAUCUACAACUACAACAUCAACACCUACGCCAGGUUCUGCAAGUGCUGCCGGGAGAUCGGCCUCCAGAGGCGCUCGGUGCAGCUCUACUGCAGCAGCAAUGCCACCUGGGUGUCCUACUCCAUCCAGGAGCCCACCGACUGCGCGUGCCAAUGGUCGUAAGCCGGAGACGGUGAGAGGUGCCAGGAGCCCACGGGGUUCUGUUCCUCGGGUGGCCGAGAGAGAAGAGAACCGCCUUACACGAGAAAGGAUCACACGCCAUCCUCUGUGUGACUGGAUGGACAUUCCAAAGUGGACAGCGGUCAGCGUGUAUUUAACGGAAAGACGUGUAUCUAAAUAAAUAUUUGAAAAUAAACGUGGACGGACGAAAACUAACAUACCUAAUGUAGACAGCGCUUAUCUAACAUCUUCUAGAUGUGCCUGCCAUCUUUACGCCCUGCUCAUUCGGUGCCCUCGCGCUAAGCCUCUCUGUGUUGCCAGUUAUGACACUUCACUAAAAGAGGACGGGCUCUCCCUUUGUAUUUCUUUAUUGUAUUCUGCCAUCCCACAGAUGUGCGUUUGGAUGACAAAACUUGAGAGGUCAAAUGCAGAAGAGCAUGGCAUGGCAUAACGGACCUCCACUCUUACUGCAAUGGCAGAUGUGGCCAGUGGCUCCCCGGGCACCUCUCUUCAGCAAUUGUCACAGUGACUGAGACCUGCUAAGCCUGUCGGGAGGUGACAAUGACAGAAGAAGACACAGUGAGAGUGUCUGUGCUGCGGUAAUAACACUCGGGGCAACCUGGGGGAUGACAUUCAUGGGAACUCCGCUGUCAAGGUCUGUGUGUGUGUGUGUGUGUGUGUGUCCUGCGUGUGACAGAAGAGUGACAGACAUCCAUUACCCGGCAACUCAGAUGUUCUGUGUCUUUUAAAAUAAAAGAA